AUUUCUUUCCUGGCAGUCACGGUGUAUCGGUAUUUAGGAUCUGCCUUUGUUGCAGCACGAGUAUGGAAAAUAGGUAUAUGGUAUACGGAUCAAUUCUCAUAAAAGCAGGCGGUGUUCUCCACCACUGCUUCCACCACUUCACCAUCGAGGUCUCCUGCACCACGCUCUUUUUAUACAAAAGUCGUCACCCCUAUUCUUUCCCAUAAACUCAUCAAGAACGCCAUGAAAUCAUCGCACCCGUUCCAACGACACGUGUGUUUUUUGUUUCUCUCCAUAGCUGUCCUGACCACUUACCUUUCCUUGAAAAACAAAUCGCGAAACUACUCAAAAUUCUUCACCCUCUCAAACUACAGCGAUGCUUUCAAAAAUGAGUCGACAGCUUACGAGCAUUUCCUCAAUUUGAGCUUUGACGGGUCUAGUGAGAGUGAUUUUGUGUAUUAUGUGAACUUUAGUGAAACGGACGAAGUGGAUAGAGUAGAAGAUGAAGAUGUUAAGACUGUGUAUAUUUUGGGAUUGUUCGAGUUAAGUACUAAGUGGGGUCUAAGGGUUGAAGGUGAAAGUGAAGUGUUGGCUGCAAAGUUAGCUGUUAGCCAUGUGAAUAGGUAUAAUGUUAUUCCAGGGUAUAGGCUGCAACUACUCAUAAAUGAUACGAAGUGCGAUCCAGGAGUCGGAAUAGACCGUUUCUUUCAUGCACUGUACUCAAAUAAGAAGAUACUGAUGUUACUAGGAUCUGGAUGUUCUAACGUUACCGAAAGGUUGGCUCAAGUUCUUCCAUAUUGGAAUAUUCUACAGGUUUCAUUUGGUUCAACCUCUCCGUAUCUCAGCGACAGAAACAAGUUUCCAUUGUUUUUCCGCACUGCAGCACCAGAUUCUUCACACAAUGACGCCAAAAUACAUUUCAUAAAAAAAUUCGGGUGGAAAGUGGUAGCUACGUUCAGCCAAAGUGAAAACGAGUAUCUGUUGCCUAUCAAUCGACUGAUCACAGAUCUGGAGAAUGCUAGUGUGGCGUGUAUGUCAACCGUUACGUUUUCUUUAGACAACUAUCUGGAUCAGCUAAAGGCUUUGAAGGACCUCGACACGAGAGUCAUUAUAGGAAGCUUUUCAGGAGAUAUACUACCUCAGAUAUUUUGCGCAGUACACGAUUUGAAAAUGUUAGACGAAUAUGUUUGGAUACUCCAAAAUCGAGAACAAAACUGGUGGAAUUUGCCCAAAAACUGUACAGAUUAUGCUUUGAAGCAAGCUACAAGUGGAAUGUUUUUAUUUUCUGAGCACAAUGAUCUAAAGGGAAGUGGAAUAUCGAUAUCAGGAAUGGAUCCUGAAUUUUUUGAAGAAACUCUGAACAUAUCAAAAUCUGAUAUUUCACGUUACGCUAGACACAGCUAUGACGCAGUUUGGGCUAUAGCGUUAACUUUGAGACAUAACUGGUUGGUACGCUUGGAAGACUUCAAAUACACAGACAAAAAUUUGGUAUGCAAAUGGAUGGGAAAGAUGGACUCGUUAAAGUUUAUUGGACUUUCGGGUCCACUGAAAUUUAAAGGAGGUGACAGGAUUGGUAAUUCAAUUAUUCGACAAGUACAAGAUGGAAUGCAAAAAGACAUCGCAAUCUUCGAUUCAAUCACAAAUACUCUAAACUUCAACUGUGAGACAUGUCACAGUGUAAAAUGGAAAGACGACAAGAUUCCCAUAGCCCAACGAAUCUUGAAGAUUUCCAUGACCACGAUACCUAACGCGUUAUUCUACACAGUCGCCAUGGUAUCACUGAUGGGAAUCGGAAUAUCUUUCGUCUUUCUAUGCAUCAAUCUGUACUUCAGAAAAAUCAGGACCUUAAAGCUAUCCAGCCCAAAAUUGAAUAACGUGGCUGUGGUCGGAUGCAUUUUGGUGUAUUGUUCUGUAAUUCUUCUUGGAAUCAACAACACCACUAUCAAGUCCGAUGUGCAUUUUAGCAAAUUGUGUUUCGCCAAGGUCUACCUAUUGUCAGCAGGCUUUUCCUUGACGUUCGGUUCGAUGUUCGCAAAGACGUACAGGGUGCACAGACUAUUCACAUACACUUGUGCAGGUCUAGUUAGAAACAAGCUAUUACAAGACAAGCAGCUGAUUGUACUGAUCAUGAUUCCGCUGGUGGUCGACGCUGUCAUAGUCGCUUUAUGGGUGAUCAUCGAUCCCAUGGAAAGACAGAUCUACAAUUUGACGUUACAGGUCGAUUACAGCAAACGUGGAGUCGUCUAUCAAUCACAGGUAGAGAGUUGCAGCUGUCACAACACGCCAGGGUGGUAUUUGGCUCUUUUUGGAUACAAAAGCAUAAUUCUAAUUAUGGGAGUGUUCAUGGCCUGGAAAACUCGACAUGUCAAAGUUCCUGCUCUCAACGAUUCUCAGCAUAUAGGCAUCUGCGUAUAUGGUGCUGUAUUCACCACAAUUAUCGUUAUCUUCUUUAGCUUUAUUUCAGAAUAUGUCAUAUUUACUUAUAUCGCCAAGUCGGUAUGCAUCCUUUUCUCAACCACCUUGUCACUUUUACUUUUAUUUUUGCCUAAACUCAAAUUGGUUUUCUGCAAAAUAGACCCUAUAACGCAAAGCAUGGGCUUGAAAAUAGAAAGCAACACAAGGAGAUUCAUAUCAGACGAUCCUAGAGAAUUUAUUUGUAGGCUAGAAAUCCAAAAUAAAGUCUACAGAUGCGAGAUCGCCGAACUAGAUAAAGAAAUAUCUCGCUUAGAGGCGCUGCUGAACAACCGAGCAAGUAUCUCGAAACCUGGAUCUAGCGGCUUAGGAAAAACAAGUGACAGUCAAUUGCCAUGCUCUAUGGUGGGUAGGGCGUCAUGGCCUACUGCCGCGCCGAGCGACUUGAAAGCUUUCAACAAAGACGCGUUUUUGUCUGACAACAAGUUGAACUCGGACAAGCGCAAUUUUUUUGGUAAAUUGAAGAAAUACUUCGUGAGCUUUUCGGCUUUGCAAACGGUUCCGCAAGAAAGCGAUUUCACAAUUAGCACCGUGGCUAAAUCUGUUCCAGCUUCCAGUGCAGAAGCGAUCGAUGGUUUCGAGGAAGUCGAUAGAAUUUUUUAUGCGGAAGCUAAGUCUGAUUUGGAACUGAGAGGAUCGAAGGAAAGAUGUGACAGAUAGCGGAGUUUGCCGUAAAAUAUGUUAUUUCAUAUGAGAUGGCAUGAUUGAUUCAUUAAAGUUUGUCAGAAAAAGAGGAAUCAUGCAGAUCGGUCCAAAUUUUCCAAGCUGUAAAGAUAUUGGUCUGAAUUCUCCUGCGUAAAGUGAUUUGGAAUUUUACGUUACCUCAAAUAUCAUGAGAGCAUCUGAUUUUUCAAAAAAAAAAAUCGAAAAAACACGUUGCUAAGUAAUAUUUUAUUUUUUUCUUAAAAAAUAUCGAAGUCAAUACCCAUAUAUAGCUAAAAAUUAUUUUUGCAUUGAAAAAUAUGCAACUUUAUUAGCUUUCACUACGUACUAAAUAUCAGUGAAAUAUGUGAAGCGG